UGUCCCCGCGCUGUCCUCGCUGCGCCCCCGCUCCGGCCCCGCUGUGCUCCGCUGCGUCCCGACCGCCGAUCCUCGGCGAUGCAGCGCGGCGCCACCUGGGCGCUGCUCUUGGCCUCGGUCCUGGGGCUAGGGGCGCGCGGGGUUCGCGGCGCGGUGGCCCUCGCCGACUUCUACCCUUUCGGCGCGGAGCGCGGCGACGCUGUCACCCCCAAGCAGGACGACGGCGGCUCGGGUCUGCGGCCGCUCUCCGUGCCCUUCCCGUUCUUCGGCGCCGAACACUCCGGACUCUACGUGAACAAUAAUGGGAUCAUCUCCUUCCUGAAGGAGGUCUCUCAGUUCACCCCAGUGGCCUUUCCCAUCGCCAAGGACCGCUGCGUAGUGGCAGCCUUCUGGGCAGAUGUGGACAAUCGACGUGCAGGUGAUGUGUACUACCGGGAGGCCACUGACCCAGCCACGCUGCGCAGAGCCACAGAGGAUGUCAGGCGAUACUUCCCUGAGCUCCUGGACUUCUCCGCCACCUGGGUUUUCAUAGCCACCUGGUACCGCGUGACCUUCUUCGGAGGCAGCUCCUCUUCCCCUGUCAACACGUUCCAGACCGUGCUUAUCACUGACGGCAAGUUCUCCUUCACCAUCUUCAACUAUGAGUCCAUCACGUGGACCACGGGCACACACGCCAGCAGCGGGGGUGACACCACGGGCCUGGGGGGCAUCGCAGCCCAGGCCGGCUUCAAUGCGGGUGAUGGGCGGCGCUACUUCAGCAUCCCUGGCUCCCGCACAGCAGACAUGGCGGAGGUGGAGACCACCACCAACGUGGGCGUGCCCGGGCGCUGGGCGUUCAGAAUCGAUGAUGCCCAGGUGCGCGUGGGGGGCUGCAGCCAUACAACCUCCGUGUGCCUGGCCCUGCGCCCGUGCCUUAACGGUGGCAAGUGCAUCGAUGACUGUGUCACGGGCAACCCCUCCUACACCUGCUCCUGCCUCUCAGGCUUCACGGGGAGGCGGUGUCACCUGGAUGUGAACGAAUGUGUUUCCCAUCCGUGUCAAAAUGGCGGGACCUGCACACAUGGUGUGAACAGCUUCAGCUGCCAGUGCCCGGCCAGCUUCGGGGGACCCACCUGUGAGACACCACUGUCUCCAUGUGACACCAGAGAAUGUAAGAACGGUGGCCAGUGCCAGGCGGAGGAGGGCUCAGCGGUGUGCCUAUGCCUGCCUGGCUACACGGGUGUGGCCUGUGAGACGGAUGUGGAUGAGUGUGCCUCCAGCCCGUGCCUCAAUGGGGGCUCGUGUGUCAACCUCCUGGGGAACUUCACCUGCCUGUGCGCAGAACCCUUCGAGGGACCUCGCUGUGAGACAGGAAACCACCCAGUGCCGGAUCCCUGCUUCUCGACCCCUUGCCAGAAUGGGGGCACCUGUGUGGAUGCAGAUGAGGGCCAUGUGUGCGAAUGCCCCCAGGGCUUCACCGGCCCCGACUGCAGGGAGAGAACCCCUGACCACUGUGAGUGCCGUAAUGGUGGCAGAUGCCUAGGGGCCAACACCACCCUCUGCCAGUGCCCCCCAGGCUUCUUUGGGCUCCUCUGUGAAUUUGAAGUCACAGCCACUCCCUGCAACAUGAACACGCAGUGUCCCGACGGGGGCUACUGCAUGGAGUAUGGUGGGAGCUACCUCUGUGUCUGCCACACGGACCACAACGUCAGCCACUCACUGCCAUCACCCUGCGACUCAGACCCCUGUUUCAACGGAGGUUCCUGUGAUGCCCACGAGGACUCCUACACUUGCGAGUGCCCCCGAGGGUUCCACGGCAGGCACUGUGAGAAAGCCCGACCACGCCUGUGCAGCUCGGGGCCCUGCCGGAACGGGGGCACGUGCAGGGAGGCAGGCAGCGAGUACCACUGCAGCUGCCCCUACCGCUUCACCGGGAGGCACUGUGAGAUCGGGAAGCCGGACUCCUGUGCCUCAGGCCCCUGUCACAAUGGCGGCACCUGCUUCCACUACAUUGGCAAAUACAAGUGCGACUGUCCCCCAGGCUUCUCUGGGCGGCACUGUGAGAUAGCCCCCUCCCCCUGCUUCCGGAGCCCCUGCAUGAAUGGGGGUACCUGUGAGGACCUGGGCACAGAUUUCUCCUGCCGCUGUCGAGCAGGGUACAUGGGACGCCGAUGCCAGGCGGAGGUGGACUGCGGCACCCCAGCAGAGGUGAAACAUGCCACGCUGCGCUUCAAUGGCACUCGGCUGGGAUCCGUGGCCCUGUACAAGUGUGACCAAGGCUACAGCCUGAGCUCCCCCAACUACGUCCGAGUCUGCCAGCCACAGGGAGUCUGGAGCGAACCUCCACAGUGCCACGAGACAGAUGAGUGCCAAGCAGAGCCCUGCAGAAAUGGAGGCUCCUGCAGGGACCUCCCAGGGGCCUUUGUCUGCCAGUGCCCUGCAGGCUUCACUGGAGUCCACUGCGAGACAGAGGUGAAUGGCUGCCACUCCAGCCCCUGCCAGCAUGGAGGCCGGUGUGAGAACGGUGGCGGGGCCUACCUGUGCGUCUGCCCAGAGGGCUUCUUCGGCUACCACUGUGAGACAGUGAGUGACCCCUGCUUCUCCAGCCCUUGUGGGGGCCGCGGCUACUGCUUGGCCAGCAAUGGGUCCCACAGCUGCACCUGCAAAGUGGGCUACACGGGCAAGGAUUGUGCCAAAGAGCUCUUCCCACCAACGGCCCUCAAGGUGGAGCAAGUGGAAGAGAGCGGGGUCUCCAUCUCCUGGCGUCCCCCUGAAGGUCAGGCCGCCAGGCAGAUGCUCGAUGGCUACGCAGUUACCUACACAUCCUCAGACGGUGCCUACCGCCGCACAGACUUUGUGGACCGGAGCCGCUCCUCGCACCAGCUGCGCGCCCUUGCAGCCGGCAGAGCCUACAACAUCUCUGUGUUCUCGGUCAAGCGCAAUGCCAACAACAAGAAUGACAUCAGCAGGCCAGUGCUGCUGCUGACCCGCACACGACCCCGCCCAGUUGAGGGCCUCGAGGUCACCAAUGUGACAGCCAGCACCAUCUCAGUGCGGUGGGCUCUGCACAGGAUCCGUCAUGCCACUGUCAGUGGCGUCCGUGUGUCCAUCCAGCAUCCUGAGGCCCAGGAGGACCAAUCCACUGAUAUGGACAAGAGUGUGGACAGGUUCACGUUUGGGUCCCUGCUGCCAGGAAGAAGAUACACCAUCCAGGUAACUGCCCUCAGCGGGCUUGGGGAACAGGAGCCUCCCACUGAGAGCCUGGCCUCGACCCCACUGCACGUGUGGACUCGGCCCCUGCCGCCAGCCAACCUGACAGCCACCAGAGUCACAGCCACCUCUGCCCAUGUGGUCUGGGACAUCCCCACUCCCAGUACCUUGCUGGAGGCGUAUGUCAUCAAUGUGACCACCAGCCAGAGCACCAAGAGCCGCUACGUCCCCAACGGGAGGCUGACGUCCUACACGGUGCGGGACCUGCUGCCAGGACGGCGCUACCAGCUAUCAGUGACCGCCGUGCAGAGCGCUGAGGGUGACCAACUGCACAGUGAGCCUGCUCACCUCUACAUCAUCACCUCCUCGAGGGACGGCGCUGACAGACGCUGGCACAGGGAGGGACUGCAUCCCCGAGUGCUCAGAAACAGACCCCCGCCCGCACGCCUGCCAGAGCUGCGCCUGCUCAGUGACCGCGACGCGCCUGAAACCCAGACCCCGGCCCCCAGGUUCUCAGAGCUGGUGGACGGCAGAGGGCGAGUGAGUGCCAAGUUUGGGGGCUCGCCUGGCAAAUCGGUCACCGUGAGAUCGCAACCCACGGCUCCGGUGCAGCUUGAAAACAUGGAGGAGGAACCGAAGCAGGUGCCUGAGCAGGUCAGCCUGGCCCUCCAGCUUCCUGAACACCGCAGUGACAAGGAUGGGGAAAACACCCCUGGGAACUGUUCAGAAAAUCCCUGUCAGAAUGGAGGCACCUGCGUGCCAGGUAUGGACACCCACAGCUGUGACUGCAACCCAGGGUUCAAAGGCAGACGCUGUGAGCUUGCCUGUAAAAAGGUGCCCCAGCCCUGCACUCGGCUCUUCUCAGAGACAAAGGCCGUGCCGGUCUGGGAAGGAGGCGCCUGUCACCACAUGUACAAAAGAGUCUACAAAGUGCAUCAGGACAUCUGCUUCAAAGAGAGCUGUGAAAGCACAAGCGUCAAGAAAACCCCAAACAGGAAACACAGUAACAGUCCAACACUGAAGAAAUCUUAGGGUACAGGGAUUCGGGACGUUCUUGUUACACUCCAUCAACCUCAUGAGCUCCUAAAGCCCAGGAAGGCGGGGUCUAAAAUUGGACUGAAAGGACACCCUGAAAGACCAGGUCCUGGCUCGCAUCUGUCCCCUCUGAGGCUUCUCUCUAGAAGAUGGACGGCCAGGCCAGGCAGGGUCCAGCCCACCUCCCUUCAAGGCCACACCAGGGAGACCCUCUGGGCCAAAUCACCUCCCAGUCCUGCAAUGCAUGGAACAGCCUGUGCUGUAGCCCUGGCUGCCAUCUCCUACAGGGACAGUCUGCACCGUGGCCAGGGAGCAACUGCCAUGUGCACCUGGGCCCUGGAUGAGCAGGGCUGCCAGCCAGCAAGGCUCCUGCAGCAUCCAGGAACCAGUUCUCAGAUUCCAAAGUCAGAGGGCAAUUUUCCGCCUGAGACCUAACAAUCAAACUGAGACGAACUGCCUUCUGGCUUCCACAGUGGAGACAGUGGUGUCAGGAAGGGUUGGUGGUGAGGCCAGACAGAAAGGGAAGCCAAGUUCUAGGCGCCCCACCCAACUCUCCUCCAGCAAAUUCUUUGUGCUGAUAUGUGGUGGACUACAGCCCCAUCACAUGGACCAGUAGAUUACAAAAGACAAAGUGUUCUUUCAUACUAAGACGGAGUUUAGACACUUUUUAGUCUUCAACUUUUUCUCAGUGACUAUUUUAGGUUUUGUGGACCAACCCGUCUCUGUGGCAACUACUCAGCUCGGCACUGGUGACACAACCACAGUCACAGACAAGUGACCCUAAGGGUGUGGCUGUUCCAGUGAAACCACAUUUACUAAACGAGGGGGCAAAUUUCCUGGCCACACUUGGCCAAGCCCUGGUCUAUCGAGUCACCCAGUCCUCAGACUUAUGCAGAGAAAGCUACCCACCCCCACACCGAUGACAAGUCACGGCACGGCACCAAGAGCCCCGAGCCUCACAGAAGCACAACACGACACCCCAACCCAUGCAGAGCCUGAACACCAUGGAGAUGGACGAUCGGGGCAGGCCAGACCCGUCCCAGCUCAAGACUGCUUCAGUCCUUGACUCGAGUGGCACUAGUCCAGGCUGUCGGCUAGCGUGGUCUUUCACACAUUUCCCUCUUCAGCAGAAUGUGGCCCUGGCUUGCCGCAGGGGCUUCCCCACACGCUUCUGACCACUCUGGCUUCUCCCUGCAGAGGAGGCACAAGCCAUGCAAGCCAACCCCACCUCGAGUCCGCAGAGCAUCGUAGCAGCUGACUCAAGCCCCCACGCAUCUGCCACGGACUCUGUCCCAAGUGAGCCCUACAGCCACAGACGGCGCGCCUUCUCAUCUUUUAUAAAAACGUUGUUGGAAGAGUUAAGAGUAUAUUUUAGGCUUUUUAUUAAAAUUUUGUGUGCACAUGUCUGUGUUUUACACAAUUUGUUUUCAGAGAGGAGGAACCAUCAUUUCAAGAAGUCUCUACUGUACCUAUAGCGCCCCCGGCGUCCCAGGCCCACCCGGAGAAGACGGCCGUGCUCAGUCCGGGGCACCGGUACUGGGCGAGUCGAGAGAACACCAUGGCCAUGCAUGUGUACUGCUGACUUUUGCUGUGUCGCCAGGACCAGUCACUGUGUGUCUAUGUAAGCUACAGCAUCGCUAGCAAGUGGCAAGAUCAAGUGUUAUCACUGGAAAAAUAGAUGAAACUCUACUAUGAUGUUAAUGACCUCAACCCCUCAGCCAUGAGAACACUAAUGUGUUCCAGUUUUUAACUUAGAAACAUUUGUUUCUACAAGAAACAGUCUACUGAAUCCUGAGCUUGGUGCUGUGCUGUCUUAUGAUUAACUCCUCUCGAUGUUUUACAAAUUAGAUAUCUAGUAAAAAGACUUCGUGAUGCAAAGGAAUUACAAUUCAUCCUGGAAACAUUCUAAAUGAGACACUGCUUUUUUCACAAAAUCCCUUCAAAAACUCCAGCGUCUUCCUCAAACAUACAAACUCUACCCAAGGAAAUUAAUAUUAAUGCAAUCAAAAUUCUCAGGUGCAUAAAAAUUCAUUUCCUUAUCAAAAUGAAAGGAGCAAUCAUGAGUUGCUAAGUUAGCCACGCUAAUCAUGCAAAUUUAUAAUUCUUAGUCCCCCAACUGGACAUAAGAACCCAUCUGAGGUUCCACGGAAAGUGUCGGUCGGUUGGGAACGCCACAAGAUGGAAGAGUAAGUGAAAACAGUGGCAGAUUGAAAUGUCUUCAUCUUUAAUAAUUUUGCCCAUGGCCAAGAAAACCAGUAAAGAAAAAGCCUUCCUUCCCAUUGCAUGUGGGCUGUCACAGAGGCGGGUGAGGAGACCUGUGCCAAUGCCACAGCUCUCCCACCGGCAAGCCCAACAGGCACCUCCCUCAGCCGGGGCUCUUCCCGUGGCUGCCUCCUGCCACAUCUCACUCCCACACACCGGGAUUCACUGAGCUACUUUUCUUUUGCAGAAAAUGUCUUUCUUUUUGCCAUCAUGCUAGAACAUAAGCCCAGAAAAAAAUAAAAGCAUCCACACCUGAGUGCUGAAUCCCCACAGUAAACACAGCUCACAGCUCCCAGCAGCAUUCUGGUAAACACGGGAAAGGAACUUAAAAACUCAGUUAUUUACUUUCUUUUAAACAAAACAAAAACGGUGUCAGCCUGCUUCCAAUCGGACAUUCCCACAAACCCAUAUAACUGUAUUCUGCUGCACCAGGCCAUCAGGCAGCUCCUAGGCCUCAGCACUGCUGAUGUUUCAGGCUGCACGGCCCUGUCUGCGGCUGCCCUGUGCACCG